UGGUGCGCUCUUGUCCCCUUCUCCCCUCCCUGCUGGCUGGCAGGAGACAAGAUGGACCCUGAGGUGGGGGGAAGCUACACACUAAGGAAGUCAGAGCAACAAGAUGGAAGGAGGCUAAGACCCUGAAAACCGCACAGAGAAGAAUCACCCGACUGGCUUUGACUUUCAUGUGAAACAGGAAUGAACCUCUAUCUUAGUUAAGCCGCUGUGAUUCAGGGUCCCUAUCACUUUCACUGAGGCUGUAACCUAAUUGGUAAAAAGAAUAGGAGUGGGAGAGGAGAUGAAGUUGGAGAGGCUGGCAGAGGUCAGAUCAUAUGGGGCCUGUAGGCCAAGGUGGAGGAAGAAACAGGCGACAUAGGACUCAAGGACAGCACCUGCUCCCAGGCAAAGGGAGUUUGCCGUGGGAGCUCCUCCCUGUUUGCUGGAGUAAGCGAAUUUUACGACGUCCCUUAGGACUCUGUAAGAUGCACGUCACAGUCACAGGUUCUCGUCUCCUAAGAGUCCUUCCAGGGGAGCUGCCCCGCCCAUAAAUAACCCAGCCCCACGUAUUCUGUUAUAGCAGCGCAAAUGGACUGACACGUCUUUCGUGUCAAGAGACUGUGAAAGAGCAGGAAAGAUCCCCUCUGAGUGUUGGGAGCUGUUGUAGUGGCUGCUAUUCCUCAUCCUGAACUGACACACAGACACCACUGUAGCCCUCGCUCCUGGAAACGCCAUAUAAGUUGGGUGAGGCAGGACCCAGGAAAGUUCCCAAGCCGGUUUCCCUCCUAGCCCCAGGGCCACUGAGUAGGGCCACAUUAUCUAAGAUCAGUUGGACCCUGUAUAGCUGCCAUGGCCUGGAGCAAGUGCCAGGCACUGUGGAUGAUGAAUGUGAGAACAGCAUCAUCCCUGCCCUCCUGAAGGUGACUGGCCAGACCGUGGGAUUCCUCCACAACCACCUUCACACACACAGCUCACUCACGCUGAGCAAGAAGCAGAGCUUGGGAUCGCCUGACCCACUCCCCCUCACCCAGGAACAGCUCAUAGAAAAGCGCCUAUAGUUCACACAGGGCUGAUGGUUCCAGCUUCCAAGACACCCCGAGGCCUCCUUGGCUACUUCGUAAUCAGACCAGGCCUGGUCUCCUCUCAAGACAGUCAGUGGUCGGGGAUCAGAGGCAGCACUCAUCACAGCAGAGAGGCAGGACCAGCUGGGAGAGGCCCUUCUGUAACACCUACUGCAUCACCAGGCUGUGUGAACGGACUCAGCUGCCAGAACGCACAGAGUAUCAUUCCACACCGAAACCUCACGGGAAAUGCUCUGGCUCCAUGUUUUAGCUCCACAACCCUCAGACUUAAACAGCAGCACCGGCUCCUCCCCAGAUUCCAGCUCCUCGACCCUCAAACAUCAACUACAGUGCCAGCUCCUCCCCGGGUCUACAGCUCCACAAACCUCAAACUACAGCUGCAGCACCAGCUCCUCCCCGGGUCUCCAGCUCCACAAUCCUCAAACUACAACAGCAGCACCGGCUCCUCCCCGGGUCUCCAGCUUCCUGACCCUCAAACAUCAACAGCAACACUAGCUCCUCCCCAGGUCUCCAGAUUCAUGAUCCUCAAAUUACAGCAGCAGCACCGGCUCCUCCCUGGGUCUCCAGCUCAACAACUCUCAGACUUGAGAGGCAGCACUGGCUCCUCCCGAAGCCUCCAGCUCCCCAACCCUAAAACUACAACAGCAGCACCAGCUCCUCCCUGGAUCUCCAGCUCACAACCUUCAAACUUCAACUGUGCUCCUCCCUGAGGCCAUCAUCUCCAUGACCCUCAGAAUUGCAUGGUGAUAGCACCGGCUCCUCCCUGGAUCUCCAGCUCAAUGACUCUCAGACUUGAAAGGCAGCAUCGGCUCCUCACCAAGGCUCCAGCUCCAAGACCCUCACACUAGAACAGCAGCAGCAGCUGCACCUUGGGUCUCCAGCUCCACCACCCUCAAAGAAGAACAGCAGCACCGGCUCCUCCCUGGGUCUCCAGCUCCACCACCCUCAGAUCUGAAUACCAGUAGCACCAGCUCCUGUCUGGGUCUCCAGUUCUAUGACCUUCAAACUAGAACAACGGCACCAGUUCCUCCCAGAGUCUCAAGCUCCACGACCCUCAGACCUAAACAAAAACAACACUGGCUCCUCCCUGGGUCUCCAGCUUCAACCCAAGACCCUCAAACAAGAACAGCAGCACCAGCUCCUCCCCAGGGCUCCAGCUCCACCAUCCUCAGACUUAAACAAUAACAACCGCAGCUCCUCUGUGGGUCUCCAGCUCCACGACUCUCAAACAAAAACACCACCACUCCUCCCUGGGUUUCCAGCUCCAUGACCCUCGAACUAGAACAACACUGCACCUCCCUGGGUCUCCAGCUCGACAACCCUCCCCCUAGAACAGCAGCACUUCCUUGCACCUCCAGCUCAACAACUCUCAUACUUGAAAGACAGCACCUCAUUACCAAUCCCUUCUCAUGAAAUUCAGCAGUCAA